AUGUCCGAUUACAAGCCAACCGAGCACGACGGUCUCCGCAAGGAUGGCCAGCCCGACCAGCGUGUAGGCACCGGCCAAUUCGCCCAAGGCAAAGUCGACCCCGUUGAAGCCGGCAAGCAGGGAGGCAGCACCACGGAUGCCGACACCUCCAGCUCUGGCGGUUCGUCCGGUGGAAGCGGCGGCGGUAAUGGCCAGUUCGCCGGUGGCAAGGUCGACCCGGUCGAGGCGGGCAAGAAGGGUGGAAAGAGCUCCAACUAG